AUGCGUUCCCUCGUCUCAAUCGUCAUGGCCCUUGGCCUCGCCUCGGCCGCCACUAUUACCGAUUUCAACGUUGACCCAAACUCCGUUGCCAUUCGCGACCGAGGUGCCUGGUGUAUGGGUGAGCGAAACACCUGCGAGGCCCUCUGCCCCGGCGCCGCCAAGGAAAACAAGUGCGAUAUUAACACCCUCGAUUACACGUGCACUUGUAACAACGGAACCGAACCCGGCCUCAAGUACUACUCCGCCUCGCUUUACUCCUUCGUCUGCCAAGAGGCUUUCAAGCAGUGCACCGAGAGGAGCGCUGGCGACCCCGUUGAGCUCCCCAAGUGCGAAACCGAUAUCCAGGCCAAAUGCGGCACUCUCGAUGCCUCGAAGCUCCCCACCGACGAUGAGGAUACCAGUACUCCUACGGAAUCCAGCGCUUCCUCGCCCACCCCCUCCGAUUCGAGCAGCGGCAGCAACGGAUCCGAAGACUCCUCGAGCGGUGAUAACAAGGAAGGUGCUGCCGCCAGUGUCUUUGUUGGUACCAGUGCUGUCGCCGUUGCCAUCGGAAUGUUCGCCGUCCUUCUCUAG